UUUUUCUUUUUCUUUUUUUUUUUUUUUGAACAUGGGCAAUUAGGGGGAGGGGGAAGGGGAUGAGAAAGGGGAAGGGAUGGAGUUUGAACUAACGUUUUCAGUGAAUUUAAUUAUGUUUUUGGCAGAAGACAGCCGAGAGGUUCAACUACUUGACUUGAGAGGAGGAAAUUUUGUGAAUGAAUACGCAAAUAACGAUUUUGAGGGUGAGAGGGUGGAAGGAUCCCAAGAAUUUCCUUCGAUUCAGUUAGAUAUUAUAAAUGCAGCAACAAAACAUUUCUGUGAUGAAAAUAAACUCGGAGAAGGCGGAUUUGGCCCCGUAUACAAGGGUACACUGGCAAAUGGUAAAGAAAUUGCGGUUAAGAGGCUCUCUAGAACUUCUGGUCAAGGGUUACUAGAAUUCAAAAAUGAAGUUAUGUUAAUUGCUAGAUUACAACAUAAGAAUCUUGUAAGACUCCUGGGAUGUUGCAUUGAGGAUAACGAAACAUUGUUGGUUUAUGAAUACAUGCCCAACAGAAGUCUAGAUGUCUUCCUUUUUGAUUCUAGCAUGAGUGUGCAAUUGGACUGGCAAAGACGGUUUAGCAUCGUCACUGGAAUUGCUCGAGGCAUCAUGUAUCUUCAUGAGGAUUCUCGUCUCAGAAUUAUUCAUAGGGACCUUAAAGUAAGUAAUAUUUUGUUGGAUAGUGAAAUGAAUCCAAAGAUAUCUGAUUUUGGUAUGGCAAGGAUUUUCAGUGUAAACCAAAGUGAAGCAAACACCAACAGAGUUGUGGGAACAUAUUACACUCUUGAGAAAUUCAACAGUGGAUAUAUGGCUCCAGAAUAUGCUAUGGAAGGACUUUUUUCUGUCAAAUCUGAUGUGUUUAGCUUUGGAGUCAUGUUGCUAGAAAUUAUAAGCGGGAAGAAGAACAAUGGAUUUUACUUUUAUGAACGCUGUGAAAGCCUUCUAACCUUUGCAUGGAAACUAUGGUCUCAAGGUCAAGGAAUGCAGCUGAUAGACCCACAACUGGUGCAGUCAUUUGUGGAGUUUGAAGUGCUCAAGUGCAUCCAUAUUGGUCUGCUUUGUGUGCAGAAAGAUCCGGUGGACAGGCCCACCAUGUCAUCUGUAAUACUCAUGUUGGGCAAUGAGAACUUAACUCUUCCUAGACCUACAGAACCUGCAUUUUUUGUUGGACGAGUUGUUGCAGAAUCAGCUACACCCUCUACAGAUAACAAUGUCUGUUCUGUCAACGAGGUAACACUUUCAGACGUGUCACCUCGUUGAUUGUUUGUGCUUUCUCUGAUAUUUCUAAUUAAUCUUCCUUUCUUUAUUGAAUCAAACUUCGUACAUUUA